AAGUCAGUCGGCGGAGCGGAGGCUCUAACAUUCGUACGGGUUUUUCGUCGUUUCCCGACGCGUAGCCGAAUAUCGCUCGCUUUCGUGCUCGAAUUUAUUCUUCCUUUCUCGCGCAACGAAUCGUAGAUACGCGAAGUGAUCGGCUGUUUAAUUGAUUCUCUUAGAUCUCCCUUAUUUCCGAGAUUAAUCCAGAGUGUUUCGCCGAGCAGGUGGACAUAUUUGAACACGCGUUCCGUUCAAUCGAAAGACGUACGCGACGUGGCGAUUUAUUCGCGUUAAUGUUAAAAACGCGGCACUUGGAGAGUCGAACAUUCAAGUUCCGGCUGGCUGCUUAUUGAUUUUUUAGCCGCUGCAACAAUGAUCGCCGUUUGCCAUUGUCGUGCUGUAGUCAUCGGUAAAUAAUGUGCAAGACGAGUUCGUUGCUGAGAAAAAGGGGAAAAACAAAUCGAAUCGCCGGGGGAACGUUGAAUCGAGGAUUGUGCAAGUCCGUAACGACGCGGCGUUCGUAAUUUCAUCACGAAGGCACCGCCGAGUCGCACCGAAAGGAAGGACGCGAAGAUAAAACAAUAUUACUCGACUUGGCGGCACGAAUGUGUACGUUCCAAUAAACAAGAGCGGCGAACACGGACAUCCGGUCUCAUGAAUCACCGGUAUAUUCUCGAGGAUGGGGAGGGAGGAUAAUCGAAAGCAACGGGACUACGAAUUCGAUGAGGAGCUGGCGAGUUUCGGACCACCGGAUAGUAUCGAAAAUUUCUCGAAUCGAGUGCGCACGACCAUGAACCGGUGCGAAGACGCUAUUUCACACGAUGGUACGAGCGUUUCCUUAACUUAUCAAUAUGUGGAUGAUGCGAAUUACUACCAUACAACCAUCAACAAUGGCGAUAAUAUAAAUCCCUUGGAGAGAUUGUAUUCGAUAUCCAAACAGAAGUGGCAUAAGGACACAGUGGUACCAAACUCCUUAUUGCCAUCUACAAAAGGAAUGCCUGCGAGAUCUCAUCACAGGAUCCGGCAGUCCAUGACAGAUGAUGCUGGAAUGGAUCUGCAAGUGGCACAACUCAGUACUCAGACAGAUCAGGAAGUACAUUCCAGGACGACUCUAUCAUGGGUUGAUUGGCAAUUGCCACUCUUUAUAGCGCUCUGUGCCAUCGCUGGCACUAUUCUUUUUACAUUCCUGGUCCUGUUAUGGCUGCGGAAACAAAUGUCGCGUGAAAAAGAUACCGAGGAUGGCGAUCGGCAAGGUCUGGUAGAAGAACGUGCCACAUGUUGCCCGCCAGACAAGUUAACCAAAGACACGAAAGGACCCGUAGAGGCCGAAUGGGUACACGAAGCGGCCGCGAAGCCGGCCGCACCCGCGCACCCGAUACAACCGAUCCCUCAAGCUUCAUGUUUACCGGAGGUAAUAUCCGUGGCGACGUCGGAACGCAGACCGGAUCCAGUCCGCAUAAAACCAAAGAAAUUGAUAGAACGACGGGGCUCGAGCACAAGUUUGACUAUAGGACUGGCGCCAGCUCCCGAGAGCCCACCCCACAUGGUCACUCCGACGCGGGAGUGUACGGCGGAGGAAUUUUUAUUGAGCGCGGGAAACGUACUGUCGAGGGCGCAGCUGAAGAGGGUGGUCAACGAUCCGACGGUCUUGCAUAAAGAAUUCUGGGAGGUGCCGUUGAACCUGCCGGAAAAAGUGGACAUUUGCGGCUCGGGGGUGAAAAAUCGAUACUGCUCCGUCUUGCCGAAUCCGCAAUCGAGAGUGGUCUUGCCGAGCUCUUCAGACGAUCCUCUCGCCGGUUAUAUAAACGCCAACUACAUUCGAGGAUACGACGGCGAGGAUGCCAAGUACAUCGCGACACAGGGACCAUUAGCUCACACGAUAACAGACUUCUGGAGAAUGAUUUGGGCUGACAAAGUCCCGGCGAUCGUCAUGAUUACCAGACUGCACGAGGCGUCUAAAGCCAAAUGCGACGCGUAUUUUCCCUUUGACGUGAACGGUCGUAUACACGCGGGUCCCUUCACCGUCAUAGUCAACUAUAUCGAUACGAGGGACGGUUACACUGUCAGAACCAUGGAGAUCAGGCACGAAGGAGAAAGGCGACAUUUGCAGCAUUACUGGUAUGACUCAUGGCCGGACCAUGCCGUACCCCAAGCUGCAGAUGCGCUCGUUGGUAUGGCGGCGGAAGUAAACUCUUUAUCAGGGACAAUCGUCGUCCACUGCAGCGCAGGCAUCGGACGUACCGGCUGUUUCAUAGCGUUAGCGACAGGAAUGACUCAACUUGUAAGAGAUGGGAAUGUCAACGUUUUAGGUAUCCUAUGUCAAAUGAGAUAUGACAGAGGAGGCAUGGUGCAAACAGCUGAACAAUAUGAAUUUGUUCAUAGAGCACUUUAUCUUUUCGAGCAGACGUUAGAUAGCAAACCGUCAAUGACUUCGGCGAGCAGCAACUGAACGGAUCUUCUAGGAAGCGUUUCUCUUUUUCUUCCUCCCCCACAAGAGAACUCACUGUCGCACGUGAGAAUCACUUUCGUCCAGGUGUGCAUACGUGUCUGCCGCGCAAGAGUGUUUAACUUUUUAUGAAUCUCAACGUCAGCUUGUGAACCGGCGGUCUCGUUAUCUCUCUAAUAUUCGGACGAGUUAAGACUCGUUUAAUAAGCUGCCAUUUACUACUGCCAUGACAAAACGUUGACAAUUAAUAUCGCUCGCAAAGCUCAAAAGGAGAACGAGAGGAUUCACCGUUGGAGCGCAAUUUUCUAAGCAGGUGCUUUUUAAAAACUGUACUUCAGUAAUAGUUUAACAAAGGAAUUGCUUUCGUUUAUAGUGACGCGCGAUAUGAAUCGUACGAUACGUACGCUCGACUUGAGAGAGAAAGAGAGAGAAGGAGAGAGAGAGAGAGAGAGAGAGAGAGACGGGAGAUUAUUUUAUAAGUUACAAAAUUAAAAAAUAAUCCCCUCGGACGCGGCGAUAACGUACUCGCGAUUGCGUAUCGUGAAAUUUCUACUUAAAAAAAAAAAAAGGAAAAAGG